AUGAAUGCUUGCUUGCUCUUCUUCGUUACCAUUAUUUCCCUCCGUGUCCUGGCAAUUCCAGAAGUAACAGGAAAUGAUCGUUAUCAUCAGCCUGGUGAUGUCACACUUGGUGGUCUCUUUCUGCUGCAUUACACAACUGAAGACGGUCAGUGUGGCGAAUUCUUCCCAAUAGGACUCGGACAUGUAGAGGCAAUGAUAUUUGCCAUUCACAAAAUAAACAAUGAUCCAUACCUGCUUCCAAACAUUACGUUAGGGUACGACAUACGGGACUACUGUGAAAGUGCUGCAAAGGCAAUGGAACACACUUAUGACUUUAUACGGAAAAACGAAAUAAUUGCAGAAACCCAAAACGCUAGUUGUAAACAGACGGACGAGAAGAACAUGACGCAGAGCCAGGAAAAGCUAAUAACAGCAGUCGUUGGCCCGACAGAUUCUGGAAGUGCUGUUCUUGUGGCAAGCCUGCUGCGAGUGGGCGGAGUUCCAGUCAUUAGCCACUCGGCAACAAGCAACGAGUUGAGCUCACCGCAAUACCGUCACUUCUUUCGAACUGCCCCUCCCGAUGGACAACAGGCAAGUGCAAUGGCUGACCUCAUACAACACUUUAACUGGAGCUAUGUAGCUGCUGUGGCAAUGGACGAUUCUUACGGUCGAAAUGGAGUAUGGAAGCUGGAGUCUGAAGCCGAAGCCAGAAAGACGUUCUGUUUGUCCUUUGCCGAAUACAUUCCCCGGCAAGAGUACAUUGCUAAGCUGAAAAGGGCUGUCAGCAAGCUCAAAAGCUAUCCCAAUAUUCGUGUUGUAGUUUUAUGGCUGUUUGGCGGCUACGGACGACGAUUUCUAAAGGAAGCUGUAGAACAGAACUUGAUGGAUCGCACCUGGAUCCUCAGUGAUGCUCUAGCAACAGAAGAUGACGUAUUUGUCGGGUUAAAAACGACAGAUCAACAAAUUCUUCACGGCUCACUGGGCUUACAGCCCCGUAUGUUAGAUGACAAAGAUUUCAAAGAUUUCUUAAUCAAAGAAUCGUCCAGAUUAAUAAAAAGUGAACAAGUUCCUUGGUGGCAAGAAUUUUGGAAGAGCGAGGAGAGUAGACACUGCUCUUCCCUACCAGCACUCAGUGAACAAAAAUAUUGUAUAGAGAUAGUACUUCGCACAAUAUACGACACUUACAUUCCCUAUGUUGUGGAUGCUGUUUAUGCUAUUGCUUACGCUCUUCAUGUCAUGAAUAACUGUUCAAGGCUGGGUUGUGAAAAGUCUCAGACACCAGGUAGCGAUUUGUUCCCUAUGCUGAACCCGAAAUAUGUAGAGGAUUAUCUUCGUGUCGUUAACUUUACGGGAAUGACGGGACAGGUCCGCUUUGACAAGUUCGGAGAUCCUUUGGAGUCUUCUUAUGACAUCGUCCAUUUUAAAACAAAUGACACAUUAGAUAGCCACGAUCCAGUAAAACUGGUUAUCGGUUCAUGGGAAAAAAAUCGCAAGAAAAAGCUAGAGUUAAACAUCGGUAGUAUCAGGUGGAAUACAAUCAGUAACCAAACGUUUGUUCCAAAGUCUUUCUGUCACGAAGAUUGUCCUAAGGGCACUUUUAGGUCAGUCACUACCCCAUGUUGCUGGGAAUGUCUCAAAUGCCCGACUGGAACUAUAAGUAGUCGUAUAAAUGAUAUGAAUUGUACGGAAUGUCCCCAAGGACAAUCGCCCGAUGAUAGUCGAUCAGAAUGCUUGGAUCUCCCGGAAAUUGAGAUAAAAUGGUCAAGUCUUGCAUCUGUCCUGGUCAUAGUGUUCGCAGUAAUUGGAUUCCUUCUCGUUGCCAUUUGCAGUUUCAUCCUUUAUAAAUUUAGAAUGACACCGCUGGUGAAAGCUUCAAACCGUGAACUAAGUGUAAUUCUUAUGUCCACCAUCACAACGUCUUUUUGUGUGUCCAUUUUAUCUCUCGCUAAGCCUACCAGCUUUAUGUGCAGUUUGGUGAAUGGUCUACGUUCCAUGGUACUUGUAACUUUUAUCUCCAUAUUAGUAAUUAAAACUAUGAAGAUACUAAGUGUGUUCCAAAUAAACGUUAUCGCAAAGAGGUUCAAAGAGUUUAUCUUAUCUACGAAGAGCCAAUCACUUCUCGUUCUGCUAUUUAUCUUACCGCAAGUUCUUUUCUUAACCUUAUGGAUUGCUUUAGAUUCACCACAUCAGAGACGAAUCUUUCAGCCAGUUGAAGGUAUGUAUCUUCUCUCGUGUUCUUUACAUCAAUCAUCGACUGGGAUGGCAUUGCAAAUUGUUAUAUCAGUGUACACUUCGUUUCUCGCGGUUGUUUGUACAUUUUACGCUUUUAAAGCAAGAUCAUUACCUGAAAACUUUAACGAGGCAAGAUAUAUUGGAUUUUCCAUGUACAUUUUGCUGCUGUCGUCUGUGGGAUAUCUUCCCAUUAACAUCGGUCUUUAUGGCUCAUAUGCAACAAACUUGAAAUGCGCGAUGAGUCUUCUAAGUUCCUAUGGAAUAUUAACCUGCAUGUUUGUCCCAAAGAUUUACGUGAUCAUACUAAAACCUGAACAAAAUACUCACCAGGCAGUAAGCUCACAAGUAUCAGUUUUCUCUUUUAGUAACUUCCCUAGAGGAAAAAUAACAACUGUUUCUCCAUCAAAACCCGACGCCGUAGGCCAUCAAGAACAGUUGGAUUUAGAGUUUGCUUCUGUUAGUAUAUAG